AUGAAGCUAAUAACGGUGAACAGGAGGGUCCAUACGCUUUUUGUCAGUGGCUUUCCUAUGGAUAUUAAACCAUGUGAGCUUUACCUUCUCUUUCGACCAUGUAACGGAUAUGAAGGGUCACUGAUCAAGCUAACAUCAAAGCAGCCAGUUGGCUUUGUUAUAUUUGACAGCAGAGUGGGAGCAGAAGCAACAAAGAAUGCAUUAAAUAGCAUUCAGUUUGAUCCCAAACAUCGUCAGACUCUCUGGUUGGAAUUUGCAAAGGUGAACACCAAGAUUGCCAAGAGCAAACUGACGGCUACACCUAACCCCACAAAUAUGCACCCUGCCUUGGGAACACACUUCAUUGCACGGGACUCCUACAACCUUGCAGGAACAGCACUGAUCGCUGCAUCCCCAGAGGCCUGGGCUCCCUAUCCCAGGGAUAGGGAACUGACCCCUGCCAUUCCACAUACUGCGUUCACCUGCUCUGCUGCUGCAGCUGCAACUGCUGCACUUCAUACUCAGACGCGCUGGUAUCCUCCAUUUGAAGCGUCUCCGCAAAGAUAG